AUGGCGCCACUGAAAUGUAGGCCAAAGCCAGCCGCAAAUGCUAUCGAUCCAAUCGUCUCCCUGCCGUAUACCAUUGCCACGAAGGGCCCGAGAUCCUUGUGCAAGGAGCACCCUUAUGACCUCAACGCCUCUUAUGUCCAUGCUUGA